AUAAUGAGCUUGUGGUAUACUUUCAUUUCAAUCAUUUGUGAGGUUUUGAGCUCGAACCCGGCGUAUUAAUAAAUUAAGAUUUUUUUUCCAAAUUUUUUGUGUUAUUUUAUUUUAUAUAAAACUUGUAUAAACUUUCAUAAUGAAAAUGGAUGACGAUUCACCUCCAAAAAGAGGCCGGGGCCGUGGUCGUGGAGGUCGCGGGCGUGGACGUGGACGGGGUCGUGGAAGAGGACGUGGUAAAAAGGCAAUUAAAAAUAUAAUAGAAAGUGAUGAAGAAACAGUCGAAAUUCAACAAGCAGCUAGUACUGAAAAUGUUGAUACAAAAGCUAUGGAAACAGUUGAAGAUGCUCAAGAAUCGACUGAGAAUAUACAAGAAAAUGAUGAGAAUGCACCACCGAAAAUUGAUUUAGAGGCUGAUAUAUCGCAAUUAGAAGCACCUACUUUUACAACGCUAAAUCGUGGUCCACCAGAACCAAUGUUACGUUUAGAUUGGUCGCAUAAAGUUAAUUUAAUAGGUGAAAAAGUGUUGAAUCCUAUGAUUCACUGUUGUGACAAAUGUUUGAAACCAAUUUUGAUUUAUGGACGAAUGAUUCCAUGUAAACAUGUAUUUUGUCUAUGGUGUGCUCGACGUGAAGCUCAACAAUGUCCUAGAUGUAUGGAAAAAGUAACUCGUGUUGAACAAACUGGUCUUGGGACGGUAUUUAUGUGUACUCAUGCGGGUACACGCUAUGGGAAUACUGGAUGUAGACGUACAUAUCUCUCACAGCGUGACUUACAAGCACACAUAAAUCAUCGUCAUUUACCGUCUGGUCAACAAACUACAAAUCAACCUCCAACUUCCCAAGAAAUAUAUGCGGCUAUUGUCAAUAAAUUACCACCGGCACCAGAGCCACCUGUAGAAAAACAUCAACAGCCUCAACAUACCACAUCGGUGCCGCCACCAAGAUUGAAAACGCAAAUGAUUCAUCAACACAUGAGUCAAAUGAAUUUAAGUCAUGAUCCAAGAAAUAGUGCUCAACAAGCGCCUCAACAAGCUCCCCAACAAGUACCACCUCCAACAGUAUCAAGCAUGCACGAUGUUUCAGCCUCACACCAAUCACAUUUACGACAUCGUCCUCCUCAUUAUUCGACCCCUACAAUCACAACAAACACAUCGAACACACUACGAACUAACUUAAUCACAGUUCCAAUUCAAGAAACAGCUGUUGUACAACAACCAGCUCCUAUACAUGAAACAUUACCUCCACAGAGCUAUUAUAAUCAAUACCCAACAACAUAUGUAGCUCCAAUGGCACAUCCCGUAUCAAAUCUCGCCCAUACCACUCCUGCCAUGACUCCACACCCGGCUGCUAAUCUUGUACAUACAAUACCACCUCCGACAGCUCAACCUUUAGCUCCACCUGUACAACCCAUGAUGACUCCGAUUCAUAAUUUAACUAUACCUCCGCCACACAUAGCAACUACGCAACCUCCAGGUGCUGGUAGUUACUAUGCUGCCCCACAAACGUAUCAAACAGCUGGGUAUACGACACCAGCACCACAAUUUGCAGCACCAACAGCUCCCCCGCAGUAUGUACCAGCAGCGGCACCAGCUCCGUAUCCACCUACGGCUCAAGCUCCUCCAGCACCUCAACAACGUAUAGGUUAUGAAUAUCAACCUAAUCAACAAUGGACUAAUAAUCAACAAUACUAUAGGUAGUUGGAUCUAUUGCAAAUUAUUAGAGUUUUAAAUUAAAUAUAAUUUUAUCUAAAUAAUAAGUUAUUGUUUUUCUUCAAAAUUGGUAUAAUAGAUUUUUAAAUAAAAAUAGUAUGAUUAUAACAAAUCGAAACCAAAUUUGAUACUUCUAACUUUAGCUAAGGUCGAAAACAUUCGAAAUCA